ACCCGCCCGAGAUAGAGGUGGAGAGGAGUUGGGUUCAUUCAGGAGAGGGGUACGAAGCGCAACUGGUAUGCAUCGUACACGGAGAACCUGCCCCGAACAUCGUCUGGUAUCAAGACAGCUUUCUCCUCGAACCGACAGAAAGGAAGACGAUGGAGACGAGAGGCAACAAGCACACCCUCACACUACGGAAUGUCCAGGCUAGUGACUUCGGGAACUACAGCUGUGUUGCGGAAAACUCUCUUGGAAGAGCUAAAAAAUACAUGGAACUUUCAGGUCGUCCUAGCCCGGCACAAUUCCGGUCGGCACCUUUCAGCCGUGCCAAAGACAGCUACAACUUGACAUGGAUGGUCGAAAGCUACCCACCACUGGAGGAAGUGAGAUUGCUCUACAGGAAAAUAAUGAUGAACGAUACACAUCAGAAACACGGCAAGUGGCACGAAGUGAUCCUCCAUCCGCAAAACGGCGAAACAUUCUCACACCUCAUGUCGUACAACAUCCGUGGAUUGGAAGCGGCCUCAGUCUUCGAGGCCAUCGCUCAGGCGAAGAACAGAUACGGAUGGAACGAAGUCUCGGACCUGUACCAGUUCUACACCCGCGGAUCCGGUGAGGAAAUAUACGAUUACCCGUCAGAACCGAGCCUUGAGGACAUGGAGCUGGUGGCGGCGUCGGCCAAUCUCGCCAGCGCAAAUUUCUUCCUUCUCGUCCUAGCGACGCUCGGCCUCGCCUGGAACUAAUUGCGCACAAGAAGACGGCUGAUUGAUUAGAUGACCGACCGGCGAGUUACAAACGAUGACAACCUAAGACUAUAGCGGAUUUUAAAAUGUACGGACGCUCUUCUUCUCACUUGACCCAAAUUUUAUUAGAAGAAAAUGGAUUCUACUUCAAAACGACCUUCACUAUCAGGUGUAUAAACGUGUUAUGUAUAUACCCUUUUUAUGUCGCUAGAGUGUAGUUUUGAGAUAAAGUAUGUGUUUUAAGAUUAUGAUAUUUAUUGUAUAGCCUGUCUGUUUUGUAAGUUGUUUUUUAAUAGAAUAUUUUGAAAAAA